UAAAAACUCUCUCUCCCUCUCAACGUUUUCUUGCAACCACACUAGACCUCUCUCUACAAGUCAUAGGUUUUCUCUUGUUAUAUAUUCUUUCAUUAGCAAAAAGCUCCAUUUUACCAUUAUUUCAUAUUCAACUCCACACAUCUAUUUAGCCGAAAGAAACAACAAGAAAGAGAAAAAAAGAGAAUAUUUAUUGUCAAGAAAUUUAGGCCAUCAUCAAAUUUUGGCUCGGAUGAGAGAGACCUAAACAAUCAAAACUCUUGACGAAAUUCUUCUCCCUUUCUUUUUCUUUGACCUGUUGAGAAAGAUAUGUGGAAUCUAAACGACUCUCCAGAUCAAAGAAGGGAUGAAGAUGAAUCAGAAGAAGCUAAAGGUGUUGGAUCUGUUUCAAAUUCAUGCUCAUCACAAGUAGAUAAUUUUGAGGAAUCAUAUGGUUCAGAUGAAAAAGAAAAUGGACAACAGAAAGGCAAGAAAAAGAGAAGUACGCCUAGUAAAAUAUUUGGGUUCUCUAUGAUAGCUCCUAGUACCGACGACAACUUGUCGUCGGAGAGUCAGCUGCCGGAUAAGGUUACCCGGCAGUUUUUUCCGGCUGACGUGUCGGAAAAUGGAUCCUCUAGAUUUCCAAGGGCCCAUUGGGCUGGUAAUUCUCCAACAGUGGGAAUUAAGGGCACUGAGAUGUCGCAGCAGGUGCAGCCGAUGAAAAAGAGCCGGCGUGGUCCAAGGUCUAGAAGCUCACAGUACCGGGGUGUUACCUUUUACAGGAGAACUGGCCGCUGGGAAUCACAUAUAUGGGAUUGUGGAAAGCAAGUUUAUCUAGGUGGAUUUGAUACGGCACAUGCCGCAGCUCGUGCGUAUGAUAGGGCAGCAGUAAAGUUCCGGGGAGUGGAAGCAGACAUAAACUUUAACCUGGAGGAUUACGAGGAAGACUUAAAACAGAUGAAGAAUCUGACCAAGGAAGAAUUUGUGCAUGUACUUCGGAGACAAAGUACUGGUUAUCCGAGGGGAAGUUCCAAGUAUAGAGGGGUGACCUUGCAUAAAUGUGGUAGAUGGGAAGCUAGAAUGGGCCAGUUAUUGGGAAAAAAGUACGUUUAUUUGGGACUCUUUGAUACUGAAAAUGAGGCUGCCAGGGCUUAUGAUAAAGCUGCCAUCAAGUGUAACGGAAAGGAUGCAGUCACUAACUUCGAUCAAAGCAUUUAUGAAAAUGAACUUAAUUCAACUGAAUCUACUAAUAAGGCAACAGAUCACAGCCUUGACUUAAGCUUGGGUAGCUCCAGCUCAAAGCAAAGCAGCCGAGAAAUGGAGGAUACUAAUAAGGAUCAAAAUUCUUCUUCUUUGCAAUUUGAUGUUGAUUGGCGGCACCAAGGGUCCAGGCCCAAGCAGCAACCUGAUCCAAUUGAUAUCGAUGCCCGAAGAAGAAAUGGGUACAAUGAGACGGAAACAUUGCAACUCUUGAGCCAAACACACCUACAUUCUCCAGGCUCCUUGAAACCAAACAACAAUGAAAUGCAAAGGUUUGGCCAAUAUACGAGAGCUGGUGAACCCCAAAUGAUCCCAAUGUUUCCUCCACAGUUUACCCCGUCAAAUUACCAAGUUCAGUUUCCAAGCAGCAGCAAUAGAAGAGAGCUUUCAUUUUCUUCAAGUGAUACUCAACAAAGGCAAACCAAUAAUAAUGUUGCUCCUCCUCAGCUAUUUGCAACUGCUGCAGCAUCAUCAGGAUUCCCUCAGCGGAUGUUAAGACUUCAAAAUUGGUCUCACAAAAAUGGCUUUCAUUAUUCUCUCAUGAGACCCUCUAAUUAAUACUCUACAUAUACAGGCUAUUAAUUAAUAGAUAUUAUAGUAUAUUCACAAGGGUUCUUGAUGGGAGCCAGAGUUAAAAAAAGAAAAAAAAGAAAGAGGUUGGAAAGUUUUGGUAGAUUCCAACUCUUUGGAUAUAAUUGGUACAAAGCUAACUGAAUGAAGAUAUUUUGAACUAGAUUUCUUUUGGAUACUUCUGACUAUAAGCUGCCAAUUUAUACCAUCAACAAGUACAGCUCUAAGUAAAUGUUUUUGCUGCCCUCUCUUGUGACUUAUGUUGUUAUUUACCUAUACAGAUUCUUAAUUUUAUUCGCUUAUUUUUGUCCUCA